UACGGGUCACCACUAUCCGACAUAAAACAUCUAGCAAAGCACUGGGAAACAGCAUUUGACUGGCGCAAAGCAGAAGCCCAGAUGAAUAAACUACCCAACUACCGAAGGAAAGUCCAAGCUAAAGGCUUCAGAGAUAUAGACAUACAUUUUCUCCACAAGAAAAGUACCAAUACAAACACCAUACCCCUCCUCUUCUGCCACAGCUAG